AUGACUUACGCUGUUAUUUACGAGAAGGCAAUCACUAGAAAAUAUAAAGCACCAUGCUGUUCAUCGGCUUACAUAUUGAAAGUAAUUUUAGUCACCGUCACCACUGUAUUACCUUUGAUAAUCGCAUAUAUCACUCAGGGUUUCUGGAAAAAGCAUGGUGAUUAUAGGGAACAGCCUCGAGUUGAAUUCAAAGAUCGCGAGAUAUUCAUGCUGAGAUGCAAGGAUCCGCAGGAUUAUUUUGUUUGGAGCUCUUAUUCCAUUCUGAACCAAGCUGAAUUUUCUAAACUUAAAAUUCCUAUCAUUGAGGUUCAAAAAACUGAUGAAAACGAUGACGGUAUAAUUGAUAAGAUAGAGUUCGAUGUCGAGUUUCCGUUAUCUUCGAAUGAUUACAUUGCUGGUGUAUUUUGGCUAAUUUUAUUUGAUUAUCAACUUAGUUAUAGAUCAUUCUUUUCGUCAGAAAUCGCUUUGUUAGGCGACGAAUAUUUUUUUCAACCAAUAUCAGCCAUUUCUAUCGGUGGUGAUCUCGUUUUCGAUCAACGAAUGCCACUGCAAAGUUUCGGACAUUAUAUGACAACUGAUGCUCCACUAAUAAAUGAUAGUAAAGCUGAUCCAUCGCAUUACGAACUUCAUGAGAUUAUGAAACGUUAUUCGAAAAAAAAUUUCACAGCAACUUUAAAACGAAAUUAUAAAUUUUUAACCAUGAAGAAACCAUCUGAUACUGCAUUCAACUUACACCUCAUUAUCAAUAUUCCUGAACAAAUUUUUGUUUAUCAAACAGGAUUUUUUGAACUUAUAAAAUGGGCCUGGAUUCAAUAUUUCGCGAUUUUUAUUGUUAUUCACUUUUUCACUACGAAACUUUUUGAGUUUAUUUUAGAGAAUCAUUGCUUUUUGACAAUUGUUGAUGCUAAUUAG